AUGGCACGAAGAUCUCCUCGACGAUGCGUAGCUCUGGCCGUGCUCGCAGCUUGCUUCUGUUUCUACUCAUCAAGCCUUGGCUUUGCCAGCGAUGAGGCGAAAGAUCAGCUUGAGAAGGCUGUGAAGGUAUGGAAGCAGCCGCAUGCGAUCCGCAUCGCGGGCUCCAAGUUCGCCGUGGACACGAUCUCCCAGGGAGCGCCCCAGUGGCAGGUGAGGGCUACCGAGGCCAACGGCUCCACGGCACUCUUCGCCGCGCGCGAGGAUGGGGGCAGCGUCGUCUAUGGGGUGAACUACGACUCGGCGAAGAGCAGCUACAAAGCUCCUUAUGGAUCGCGCGUCGCCCUGGCAGCCACUGGCGACGAGGAGGGCAGCGACUACGACUGGACUGUUCAGGUGGAAAGGAGUAGCAGUGCCCCUCAGCGCAUCGCCUUUUCCGGGAACAGCGAGGACAUGGUUUAUGAUGCCACGCUUGCUGCGGAGAAGCCACUCGGUGGAGGCGUCACAGGUCUUGUGGCUGUGGACAUGAAGAGGCGCUCAGGUGAUGAGAGUUUCCUGCCCACCUGGAUCAAGCCGAGCUUCGGUGCGAAGUAUGCGUCCGGCAAUACGGAAUACAGGGCGGCAGUGUUCCCAGACUUUCAGCAAGAGAACACCACCUCCGUGGAUUGGGAGGCAGUUAUGAAAGGUCGCUUGGAGGGCUGGAGCUCGAAGCAGGGUGGAAAGAUCCUCACAACGGAUCCCCAGUACACUCUGCGGCUGUCGAAGGAUGGCUUGCAGGGUCUGGUCAAAGCGCCGGCAAAGCUUGGAACAGCUUUUGGCCUCGUCGGCACCAUCAACACAGAGGGGCAGUACGAUGUUGCGGGCUAUGGCGAGUGGACCGGCGAGCGCAAGGUAGCCGACGGUGUCAAGCUUGAUAGCAGCAUCAAGGCGUCAGCCUCGCGUGGCAGCGUGGAUGUGCAACCUUUGGGAACUGGUGUCACCUUAGACCUCGGAGCCCUGGCCCCCAAGUUCGCUGCAAAGGGCUCCACCCUGGCCCUCCAAAGCCGUUACAAGUUCGGUGCAUCUCGGCCGGCUGUGGCCGCCGCAAUGGCACUGACUUCGGCCAAGGUUCCGGAGGUGGAUGUUAUGGGUCUUGCCUCCUACGACUCCGCUGGGGAUGUCACGAGCUCAGUGAAGGUGACUGCUAGCAAGCUCCGCGGCAUCGACGCAAAGUACGAGAUGAGAUCCUCGAACUCCAAGUUUCGACAGGCUAUCGCGAUGGCGUCUCCCCGUGUCGACUUUGGGGAUGGAAGCUACCUGCGCCUCACCGGCAAGGCCUAUAAGGGAGAGGAGUUCGGCGAGAAGCCUCGCGUGCAGCUGGGCGUCCAGUAUGAGGGCAAGGUCGACAUCCUCGGCAGGAGCCUCGAUCUUGGAGGGGAGAGCGCCGGGUUCGACAGCGGCCGAAGCCUUCUCGAUGAGAUGGGCCGGCCCUGGACCAGCCCCGAGCUCAAAAAGGCCACAAACACGGCCAAGGUGGUGCGUUCGCACAUCCAAAGCGAGUAUGGAGAGGGCAAGCGAUGGAUUUCCAAAUGA